GGCGCUGCGGAGCCGCCGAGGAUGAGCUGGUUCAACGCCUCGCAGCUGUCCAGCUUCGCCAAGCAGGCGCUGUCGCAGGCGCAGAAGUCCAUCGACCGGGUGCUGGACAUCCAGGCCGAGGAGACCCCCUGGCCCGACGCCGUCAUCCCCGACUACGGUGACGGAACAAAUUCUCUCAUAAGUGGAGGAUGGGACACAUCAUCCUGGGGCUUGAACUCAACUGCAGAACCCCAGAACCAGCCAGUAUCACCCACAGCCAUCACAAAGCCCGUGAGGAGGACGGUUGUGGAUGAAUCUGAAAAUUUCUUCAGUGCCUUUCUCUCCCCAACAGACGUUCAGAGUAUACAGAAAAACCCAGUGGUGUCCAAGCCUCCAGCCAAAUCACAGCGACCCAAAGAGGAGGUGAAAAGCACUUUGAAGGAGUCUCAGCACUUCAGUCAGCUGGAAGGGCCAGUGGCAGCAGAGACAGAGGUCAAGGAUUCCUCUGGAGCUGUCCUGGACUUGAAAAGCCUUGAUAUUCCCAAGGAGAAAUUGGAAGAGAAUGCUGUGCUUCAGUCUGAUGGCCAGCAUGAAGCAAGCACAAAUGAAGCUACUGACAAAAAGGUGUCCGCUCUAAAUUUUGAAGAACCUGAAGAUUCUCCUACUGAAAAAUCCAGUGUGGGAGGGGAUGGAGCAGGGGGUGCACCUGAGGGCACUGCUCAGCCCCUUGGAGCAGGCACGAAAGACCUGGGUUUGGAGGGGAAGGAGAGAAAGACUGAGGACAGACAAAGCAAUACCCCAUCACCUCCCAUCAGCACCUUCUCCUCAGGCACUUCCACCACCAGUGAUAUUGAAGUUCUGGACCAUGAAAGUGUGAUAAGUGAGAGCUCAGUAAGCUCCAGACAAGAAGCUGCAGAUUCCAAAUCCAGCCUUCACCUCAUGCAGACGUCGUUCCAGCUCCUGUCCACGUCUGCCUGCGCGGAUUAUAAUCGCUUAGAGGACUUCCAGAAAAUGACUGAGAGCUGUGGCUCCUCGGAUGCCUUUGAAAGAAUUGAUUCAUUCAGUGUGCAGUCCUUGGACAGCAGGAGUGUCAGUGAAAUAAAUUCAGAUGAUGAGUUAUCAGGCAGGGCUUCUGCUUCGGCGUCUGUCGCUGUCAGUCCUUCCGUGCCAAAGGCAGAAACGGUUGACGCCCUGAAAAAUAAAUCUGAGAACUUGAAUGAUGCUCCUGUGCUGCAUGCUGAGGAGGCUGAGAUGGAAGAGAGUGGGAGAAGUGCAACUCCUGUUAAUUCUGAGCAGCCAGAUGUGGUUUUGGUUGCUGCUGUGCAAACUGUUGAAGAACAGGUGGUGAAGGAGGAGGCCGAGCCCCAGCAGGAUGCUGGGGAACCAUUGGUAGAACAGGACACUGAAAAGCAAGAGCUUAAAAAGAUGAUUGAUGCAUUAACUGAGAAGCUGGAGAAGAGGGAAAUUCAGUUAUUAAGCACCAGCAAAGAGAGGGCUCGCUUGGAGGAAGCUUAUGAUAACCUCAAAGAUGAAAUGUUUAGAAUGAAAGAAGAGAGCAGCAGCCUUUCAUCUCUUAAAGAGGAGUUUGCUCAGCGAAUUGCAGAUGCUGAAAAGAAACUCCAACUAGCCUGCAAAGAGAGAGAUGCAGCUAAAAAGGAAGUAAAGACUGUUAAAGAGGAAUUGGCUACUAGACUUAAUACCAAUGAAACUGCUGAAUUAUUGAAAGAAAAAGAAGAGCAAAUCAAAGGAUUAAUGGAGGAAGGAGAAAAACUUUCCAAACAGCAGCUGCAGAAUUCCAACAUUAUUAAGAAAUUAAGAGCCAAAGAGAAAGAGAGAGAAAAUGUUAACACAAAACAGAGCAAGAAGAUUAAGGAAUUGGAAGAGGAGUUGCAGCAUUUAAAACAGGUGCUUGAUGGCAAGGAGGACCUUGAGAAGCAGCAUCGAGACAGCAUUAAACAGCUGAACAGUGUUGUGGAGAGGCAAGAAAAGGACCUUACUAAACUUCAGGCACAAGUGGAAGAACUUGAAGAAAGAAACAGGAGUGUGCAGGCAGCACUCGACAGUGCCUACAAGGAACUUGCAGAUCUUCAUAAAGCUAAUGCCACAAAGGACAGUGAGGCUCAGGAAGCAGCCCUGAGUCGGGAGAUGAAGGCCAAGGAGGAGCUUGGGUUAGCACUGGAAAAGGCCCAGGAGGAGGCUCGGCAGCAGCAGGAAGCUUUGGCAAUCCAGGUGGCAGACCUGAGGCUGGCACUGCAACGUGCAGAGCAGCAGGCAGCAAGAAAAGAAGAUUAUUUACGGCAGGAAAUUGGUGAACUACAACAGAGACUCCAGGAAGCAGAGAGCAGGAACCAAGAGCUGAGCCAGAGUGUGACCUCUGCCACACGGCCCCUGCUGAGGCAGAUUGAGAACCUGCAGGCCACGCUGGGAGCCCAGACCUCUGCUUGGGAGAAACUGGAGAAGAACCUUUCUGACAGGCUGGGGGAGUCCCAAACUCUUCUAGCAGCCUCUGCUGAGAGAGAACGGGCUGCUACAGAGGAACUUCUUGCUAACAAAAUUCAGAUGUCUUCUUCUGAAUCUCAAAAUAGUCUUUUAAGGCAAGAAAAUACCCGUCUUCAGGCUCAGCUGGAAGUGGAGAGAAACAAAUUAAAGAAAAUGGAAAAUGAGAACAGCAGGUAUGAGGUUGAACUAGAAGGGCUCAAGGAUGAGUAUGCAAAAACCUUGGAAGAUGCAAAGAAAGAAAAGGCACUACUGGCUACUCAGUUAGAAAUGGAGAAGAUGAAGGUUGAACAGGAGAGGAAGAAGGCUGUUCUUGUCCAAGAAGCAGCAAAGGAGAAGGACCGGAAGUCCUUCACAGUUGAAACUGUAUCAAGUACACCGUCAAUGUCCCGCUCCAGUUCCAUAAGUGGGGUGGACAUGGCAGGUCUUCAGACCUCUUUCCUCUCCCAGGAUGAUCCUCAUGAUCACUCGUUUGGACCAAUAACUACCAGUGGCAGCAAUCUCUAUGAUGCAAUAAGGAUGGGAUCAGGUUCAAGUGUAAUUGAAAACCUUCAGUCACAGCUAAAACUAAGAGAAGGAGAGAUUUCACAUCUACAGCUGGAAAUUGGAAACCUGGAGAAAACUCGAUCAAUAAUGGCAGAAGAGCUCGUUAAAUUAACAAAUCAAAAUGAUGAACUUGAAGAAAAAGUGAAGGAAAUACCCAAAUUACGCACACAGUUAAAGGACUUGGAUCAGAGGUACAACACCAUUCUCCAGAUGUAUGGGGAGAAGGCAGAGGAGGCUGAGGAGCUCCGGCUGGAUCUGGAAGAUGUGAAAAACAUGUACAAGACUCAGAUAGAUGAACUAUUAAAACAGAGACAAAAUUAAUUCCUGGUGGAGCUGUUAGCAUUGUAUGGUGACAGACUGUAAAGAGAACUGUUUUUGUAAAUGCUGAAUUUAAAUGUCCUGUAAAAAUCCCCUGUAUUAUAGAAAAUGUGACUAUAUAAUAGAGUUCAUAUGUUGACAGAAGAAUCAAUGCUUUAAGUGUCCUGUUCUGUCUGCAGUUAAAUUAUUUGUGCAAUAUUUAAUUUUUUUUCUUCAGUCAUCCCUUUAUUUAAGUUUUUGCUAAAUGGUGGGCCAUUUUACAUAAAAAGCAGAAAUUUUGAUUGUUAAUUUGUGAGAGAGCACUGGAAGGCAUGAGUAGUACUAAAGCAGCCCUUGAUUCAUAAUCUCUGUAAACCUGUGAAAAUCACUUUAGAAGUCUGUCUCAGGUGUUCAUAUGAGUUUUUCUAAAAUCUCAUCAGGUAAUUUUUAAUAACUAAGUAGCAGGGACUUCUGUCUGAAGCAUACCUGGUGGAUAUUUUUAUGACAGGAAAAUCUUAAAUUUGUGCUUACAACAUCUGAACAUGUCAGGGUGAUUAUUCUUAGACAAAUCAGAUUAGUCUGACUUCUUUACACUAAGUCCUCUAAAGCAGAGUGUGAGACUCAGAUGAGACCUCAAAUUACAGCUUCAUCUUGUAUAUUGCUUGAGUAGUCUGGAGACAGCAGCUCUGCUUGUAAUGAUAAAUGUGUUCAACUUUUAACACCAGAAAUCUCAGCUAUUAAAUAUCUGUUCUAGA